AUGUCUUCCUCUGUUGCCCGUUUACUGCAACCUAACCCCAUUCACCUCACACGUUUUUGUUCCAUACUUUGCACUGUGUUGUUAUUUGUAAAAUUCUUUGAUACACUGGUACAGAAAUUACAGGCAAUCACUGUUACUUCGACUUUCUCCAAAGUUCUUGAAACCUGGCUUUCUGAUUCUGGAGAGAGGAUGGCCUCUAAACCGGUAUCACGAACGCAGAUCCAAGGGAAAAUUCUUAGUCCUGGUCGGAAUCCAUCUGGUACUGCAAUGAUAUUCUUUUUUGCUCAUCUCCUGUGUUCCAAUACUCCACCGAAUGCGUUGGAUUCCUUUCAACUUGACCCUUCACAUCCUAGUUGA